GCGAGAAUCGAAUCGAUUAUCUGACGUUUAGAAACCAUGUUUGUUUUUGAUUUCUUAAAGGAUGCAGGAGAGUAAUUUGUAACAUAUUUCACGGCCGUUACUGUUGAGUUAAGUUACUGUACUCUGUACUAAUGGACAGACACCCCAAAAUGAGAGCGAGGCUGAUGUUCAGAGAAGCUGAAGAAGGUUCAACAACUGAAGAAGCCGAACCCAAGUGUGCCGAAACAGAAGAAAAUUGUGUUUUUACAGCUUAUAGUUCUGUCGAAGCCGGUAACCGAACUGAAGUCAACAGUUUGACGACUCGAAGACUUGAUCAACCACCGCAUGAAGAUUACAAUUCAGUCAACAGGUCGGUGACAGUUGACGUUGGUAUUGAACAGGGAAUCGCUGACAUGAUAUCUCCACUUCAUCCCUCGGUUCAAGAUUCACCGGAAAUGGGAGAUCACGCACUUUCCUCGUUAAACAUUUCGGAGGUUCUUUCACUUAAAAACAUACAUCCGUCAUUUAAUUGUAAUAUGUCCAGUGAGGCGAUUUUCCCAGAAACAAACUAUCAGCCAAUCAGCGUGGCGCCUUUUCCUACAGAAACCCAUCAGCCAUUCGACGUGCCAUCUUUUCAGGUGGUAAACAAUCAGCGAAUCAGCCAUUCGUAUUUCCCGAUGGUAAACCAUCUGCCAGUUAUCGUGGCGCCUUUUCCAACGCUAUACUAUCAGCCAAUCAGCGAGGCGCAAUUUACGACAGUAAACCAUCAACCAAUUAGCGAGGCGCCUAUAAACAACCGUGAGCCAAUCAACGAAACUUCAAUGCAAGACAAUAUCGAUGGACUGAACGUUACUCAGGCGACUUCAGGAGCAGAAAAAAAGGUGGAAAGAUCUCGGAACAAAAAAGCGUCCAUCAAAAGGCCCAUGAAUGCCUUCAUAUUAUGGGCAAAGAUUCACCGACCCAUCCUGAGUAAGGCUAACCCUACCGCCAGUCAGCGUGACAUCAGUGUCCAGCUGGGGUUAGAAUGGAGCAAACUGUCUGAAGAGCAGAAGGAGCCAUACUUCGUGGAAGCACAUAAAAUCAAGGCAGAACACACGCGAAAGUACCCAGAUUGGGCCUAUCAGCCAAAGAAGCGUUCUGUCCCCAGAGGACCAACGGUCCCUGCGGCAACCCAAAUCUCCUCACUCUUCACUCUGAUGUGGGCACAGAGUUUCAACCCUUACCCAUCAGUCAGAGUCAUCAGAGGCAUGGAGAUGCAACAAGGUGUCACCAACAGUCUUCACUCCACUCCUCCUUACGCAAACCUCCACAUGACUGGACCGCAGUUCUACCCAGAAUCCAUCCUGCAUGCAAACUAUUCUAGCCAUGUCAGAAGUUUGAGACGCUAUGAAGACCAGAGGCAUGAGACGCUGAAUCCUGAAUAUUCCCCCCAUUAAAUUCUGUUCAUUAGUUCUAGACUUCUGGGUUCCAGUUUGUUCUCUCUAUGGGACCGCAGAGAGUGUGUGUCUAUUUUCAUAUUCUUAGUAAUUGAUUGUUGAUUGAUUUUAAAGUUCUGUAAAAAUAAAAAUGUUUUGAAUAUC